CCCUCUUUCACCUCGGCGAUCUGUGACUGCUUCAGGAUUAUAAUAAUGUCCGCACGCGAUAGUAUGGGGUACUCAAAUUUCGACAUUUCCCUUGCGAUUUUGCUUGUGGUUGCCCGAUUGGAUGCCGAGAAAGUGAGAGAAACGCCGAGAAAAUACGGAAGCUAAAGCAGAAUGCGAUUUUUCCCGCCUAAGGAUUUGCAUUCCGGUUCGGGUUCUGGAUAUAUCCAAUAUUUUGUUUUUGGAUUAGUUAUCAGUAGUCCUUAAACUUUUAAUAAAAUUUGUUGGGAUCCUUUAACUUUUUUCUUGUUCAAUAUGAACCUUAAGUGGUUAUCCGCAACUCAUUUGAUUUGGGACUGUUGAAUAAGUCUUUAGAUUUUUU